AUGGCAAGGUGUAUGAUUGUAGAGAAAAAGUUGUCAAAGAUGUUUUGGGCUGAAGUUGUCAACACAGGGGUCUAUAUUCUCAAUAGACUCCUAACCAAGGCUAUCAAGAAUCAGACUCCAUUUGAAGCCUGGAGUGGGGUCAAACCUGUAGUGAGUAAUCUCAAGGUGUUUAGGAGCAUUUGCUAUGCGAUGGUUCCAGCAGACAAGAGGACCAAGUUGGAUGAAAAAAGUAGAAGUAUGAAUCUUUAUAAGGAAGAUAAGAAGAUUGAUGAAGAAUUCAUACCACAACAGCCAACUGAAGACCUGACUGAUAAGGCAGAAACUGAAGAGGAUGAAGAGUUCUUGGUUAGAGGGACUAGAACUUUGGCUGAUGUGUAUGCAAGGAGCAAUAUGGUUGUGCUUGAACCAGGGAACGACACUGAAGCUGCAAGAUCAGAGGCUCGGAGAAAUGCAAUGCAAGAGGAGCUAUCAAUGAUAGAAAAGAAUAACACCUGGGAACUUGUUGAUAGACCUAGAAAUAGAAAAGUGAUCCGAGUGAAGUGGAUUUUCAAGAAGAAACUUAAUCCUGAUGGAUCAGUCCACAAAUACAAGGCAAGGCUAAUGGUUAAGGGGUUUGCACAGCAACAAGGGGUGGAUUUUUCAGACACUUUUGCUUCGGAGGCCAGGCAUGACACUAUCAGGAGAUUCCUUGGUAUGGAGAUAGAUCAGUCUAGUGAUGGGAUUUUUGUGUGCCAAGAAAGGUAUGCAAAUGAAGUUCUUAAGAAGUUUGGCAUGGAGAAUUGCAAACCAGUGGACACUAUAUUGGUUCCCAAUAUGAAGUUAAGCAAAGAUGAUAGUGCAAUGAGAGUGGAUGAGGGGUUCAUGAGCAAUCAGAGUGAGUUGCAUUUGAGGGCAGCUAAGAAGGUAUUGAGGUAUGUGAAAGGGAACACCAUGUUUGGUAUUUGGUUUAAAAAAUCAGAGAACCUGGAGUUGCUAGGGUAUACUAAUAGUGAUAGGGGUGGAUCUCUUGAUGACAUGAAGAGCACCUCUGGUUAUGUGUUUUACAUAAAUUUAGGUACAAUUUGUUGGCUGUCAAAGAAACAAGAGACUGUGGCUCAGUCUACAGUAGAAGCAGAGUAUAUAUCUACUGCUGUAACUGUGAACCAAGCCAUAUGGCUUAAAAAAAUUCUUAUUGACUUGAAGCAAAACCAAGGAAGUCCAACUUUGAUCUUGUGUGACAACCAAUCUGCAGUUGCCAUGGCCAAAAACCCUAUACUUCACGACAGAACCAAGCACAUUAACACAAAGUUUCAUGUUGUGAGGGAAGCUCAAUAUAAUGGUGAAGUUAGUUUAAUUCAUUGUAGGGGUGAAAAUCAAAAUGCUGAUAUUAUGACCAAAGCAUUGUCCAAAGCCAAAACUGAGGCAUUUCUGGGGAUUGAGAAGAUUUAUGAAAAAGGAGUUUCUGAUUAUCUGUCUGUCUCACUUUGGUGUGACUACUUGAGAUUUGGGCAAGAAUGUGAUCCAUCUAUACGUGAAUUUUCACCUGAUGGUAUUGCAAAGGCAAGAAAUCUAUUCGAGCAUGCUAUAACUGCUACUGGUUUGCAUGUUGCUGAAGGGAAUGUUGUGGGCCUCUUUGCUGGCAUGAAUUACUCAUCCAAGCGUGCUUUAGUAGACUACACAGUUAAGAAAUUGUGUUUGCCUAUAUUCAGGCUGUACAUCAGAAUAGCAUAUGUUUCUGAAGGAAUGGGGAAAUUACAGGACUGGGAAAUGGUCAUGAAAUUUCAAAGAAAGAAUGGUUCACCGUUUAAUUCGCCAUCCACAACAGCUGCUGCUGUUUCUCACCUUCAGGACGCCAGUUGUCUUCAUUAUCUCCGCUCAGUCUUAGAGAAGUUUGGAGAUGCAGUUCCAACAGUUUAUCCUUUCGACUUUUAUGCUCGUCUUUUUAUGGUUGAGAGUCUUGAAAGUUUGGGAAUUGAUCAACAUUUCAAGAACGAAAUCAGAAGAGUAUUGGAUGAAACAUAUCGAUGCUGGCUGCAGGGAGAGGAAGAGAUACUUUUAGAUCCUGCUACUUGUGCAAUGGCAUUCCGGCUGUUACGUGUUAAUGGUUAUAAUGUCUCUUCAGAUCCAUUAACUAAAUUCUCCGAAGAAGAUCAGUUCUUCAGGUCACUUGGAGGAUAUUUGAACGACCUUAGUGCUGUCCUGGAGUUAUAUAAAGCAUCACAGAUUAUGAUACAUCCAGAUGAAUUAAUUCUCGAGAAACAAAAUUUAUGGACUCGUCGUUUUCUAGGACAAAAAUUAUCUAGUGGUUCAGUUCAUUCAGAUAGACUUGGUAAACAUGUCAGCAAACAGGUGGAAUAUGCGCUUAAGUUUCCCUACCAUUUACAAUUGGAUCGUGUAGCACACAGGAGAAGUAUGGAGAACUACUCUGUUGAUGGUACAAGGAUUUUAAAAACUUCAUAUCGCUCUUUGAAUAUUGGCAACAAAUACUUCCAAAAACUAGCAGUUGAUGAAAUUAACAUCUGCCAAUUAAUAUACCGUGAAGAACUUGAACAUCUUGAGAGGUGGGUUGUUGAGAAUAGAUUGGACAGGCUAAAAUUUGCGAGGCAGAAGAUGCCCUAUUCUUUCUUCUGCGGGGCAGCUACUCUCUUCUCUCCUGAAUUAUCCGAUGCCCGCAUAUCAUGGGCCAAAAAUAUUGUGCUUACAUUUGUUGUUGACGACUUCUUUGAUGUUGAGGGUUCCAUUGAGGAACUUGUAAAUCUUGUAGAAUUAGUUGAGAAGUGGAAUUUAGAGGAAGAUAUCAAGUUUUGUUCUGAAGAAUAUAAGUGCAUUAUUUCAGUUCUGAAAAAUCUAUAUUGUGAGAUGGAAGACAAAGGAUUUACGUGGCAAGGACGUGAUCUGACAACUCACGUCGCUGAAAUUUGGUUGAAUUUGCUGAAGUCUCAGUUGAAGGAGGCUGAGUGGUUGAGAAACAAGUCACUUCCGACAGUGGAUGAAUAUAUAGAAAAUGCAUGCGUAACAUAUGCCUUAGGGCCAAUAGUCUUUCCUACCAUGUAUUUAGUUGGGCCUAAGCUUCCCGAGGAAUUGGUUACACAUCCUGAAUUUCAUAAACUAUAUAAGCUUGCAAGCAUCUGCGGGCGUCUACUCAAUGAUAUCCAAAGUUUAAAGAGAGAAUGCAAGGAAGAAACACUGAAUGCUGUGUCGUUGCAAACGAUUCACAGUAAAGGUGUUAUUGCAGAAGAAGAGGCCAUUGAAAAUUUGAGAAGUGUUGUUAACAGCAGUAGGCGAGAGCUACUGAGAUUAGUGUUGCAAGAAAAGGGAAGCAUAAUUCCAAGACCUAUCAAAGAUUUGUUUUUGAAAACUAGCAAAUCAUCUCAUUUAUUUUACAUGGAAGAUGAUGGAUUCACUUCCGAUAGCAUGAUGAAUUUUGUCAAUGAUCUUAUUCAAGAACAACUAUGUGUUAAUAAAUUGUAGGAAUAAACAAUGUAAAUCCAAACGUCAUGUCAAAUUUAUCGAUCUUUAGAGGGAAUAAGAGGAAGAGAAGUUUUUUUAUUAGCCA